AUGAGAUCUACUGUAUCUACUGUACAGCAGGCAGUGGGAGAUGCAUCCAGAACACGUGUCCAUGACCGAUGCUCAUGCUGCAGCUCGGCUGUCGAUUGGAUUCGCCCAACGUCAUUGUCGCCACUCGCUCCGGCGAAACAGGGCUCGCAGGCACCAUCACCGCAUGGAGACGGUUAA